GCGGCACAGACGUGAAAACAAAACUGCAGCCCCUCACAGGUCUGUCCUCCGUCGUUUCUGUCGAUUUUGCGACCUCAAUAGUUAAGACAGAGACGAGAAUUUGAGGACACAGGGAUGAAAAAGACGACCGAUGACACAUGAGGCAGAUGGGAGCAGGUCAGCAGUGGGCGCUCCCUGUGUUUCUGUCGUGCCGCUGCACCCUGGAAGACGAGCUGAGAAAGCUCCACGUGGAGAAUCCGACGUUCACGACUCGUCUCACGCACUGCGAAGUUUCUUCAGAAGCCCGCAGCUCAACGUUGUUUGAGAGACUCGCAAGAAAACGCGGUGUGUGCGGCGCUCUAUCUCAACUGUGUGGUGUGCGGGAACACCCUGGACACAAGACGAGGUUCGCAGAACUCGUCUUUUUCCUGUUCGCUGGUCUUGUCCCCAGAUCUCCACCUCGUCAGUUGCGGAACUCGGUGUUUUAGAUUAAUUUCCAAGAUUCGUCGUUAGAACUGCCAAUGCGGUGGCGGCGAGUCGACGGCGGCUCCUGGUGAUUCGGCUUAUAUUCGGUGACAGCCACCAGGAGACGGCUGAGGCUGUUUUGCACCAGAGAGAGUACGGCGCUCGUUUUUCUGUGGAUAUUUAAGUGUGCAGGAGACGCCUUCCGUUGGAAAAUGUUUGCCCCGAAGGCCGGUUCGACGCGAGGUAGUCUGCUCUGCUCGUCUCUUGUUUUCCUGCUCUGUCCUCAGUUCUCGAGUGCAUAGCGUGCGUCUGCAUUUAUCGCGUGAGAAACGAGGUCGCGCUAACGCAGGUGGCCCGCCGGACGAGUUUUCGCAUGUCGCGAGGGACAUAUCCGCAGCGAAAAGCAGCACGGGAAAAAAUCCAUGGCAGCACCGGGAGAGUCGUGCGAACGGGAUAUGUCCGCUGAGAUCGGCGCGUGCUACUGCCUGGUGUGCAUUUCUCUGUUUCUCUGAACUCCUGGUUGACGGCGGUCGCCUGUCCACGUGUCUUUCUUUGCUAGCUUUCGCCUUCGUCUUCCACCUCUUGCGACUUCUCCACUGGCGCCAACCGCACGCCAGAACCCCACGCAACCUCUCUGCGUCUGCUCUGUGCGUUUUCCCUUGCUCGGAGUUGGGAGAGUCCCGAGCACUUCUGGCAUCCCAACCUAUUUUGUUUCGCUUAACGUGUGCCGUCUUUUCCUCGAGCUUUUCCAGUUUUCCUCGAAGAUUCCACACAGUUCCGGUGCGCCGCAACCGAGAGACCCGCGCGCGCUUCUCCCGACGCCUGGUGGCGCAAAUUACGCUGUGUCCCAAGAGAUUCAGUCUCAAGAAACGUUGAUUCUACACAGAAAACUCCCGAGUGACGGAGACUCUCCACUUUCGUGCGAACAGGCCUUCGCGGAAAUCCCUCUUUACGCCCAGUAUUUUGUUCUGCGCCCCUCGGCAGCCGGAUUUGCGAGGUUUCACCGGCAGCAAAACUACCGCCGUUUCUUUUCCUUUUUUUCCGCUUGUUCCUGUUGUUCCCUGUCCGUCUCUUCAGGCGUUUUCUUUUUCGUAGUUCCGCAACACUAUCUCCGUCGCCUUGCCGUCGUCGGCCACAGCAGCCCGACGAACGCUCGACUACAGCACGAAUCUCCCUACUUCCCGGCAGUGAUUUGUUUUCACCGCAUUCGUUCCCUUCUCCAGACCGCUUUGUUUCUCGUUCACAUUUUCGAUUUUUGGCGCGUCUCUCACUUUUUCUCUGCCGCCGUCGCCGCUCUGUUUCUGCGUCGGCAACCCUGCGCCUUUCGUUCCAGUGUCUCGGCCGUUCGGGACUUCGUGCCAUCUCGUUUUUUUCCUUGAGCUAGCCGCUCUCCCUUCUUUCUCGACUUUUGCUCCUCCGCGUCCAAGUCUUCCGGCAUUCGGUGUUUUGCGAGAUGGCGGAAACAGCCCCCGAGCAACAGGUGGUGGAGCAGAGCUUCGCAGAGAAGCCUGAAGCAGCCUCGCCGGCGGAGAACUUUGCAGACGCGAUCGAGGAACCGACAACCAGCGUCGAAGCGCCGCCUCUGGCUGCUCACGUUGCCGGUGUCGAGGGCGAAGAUGCACGGGGGUGCGAGGAGGAGAACGGGAGAGAAGACGUAGAGAAGCCGGAGGAGUCAAACGAAGAGAAGGGAGAAGAUGCAGAGCGCACUGAGGAAAACGAAGAAACAAAGGAAGACGGCACCAACGGAGCGGGCAAGCCCGAGGACCCUGACGCAGCUUUGAAGUUCUUCGUAGGAGGAAUUAUUCCUCAGGCGACAGAGCUGCAGAUUCGCUCGUACUUCGAGCGCUUCGGCAAAGUGAAGGCCGUCGAACUGAAGAUGGACAAGAUGACAGGCCGCAACCGCGGCUUCUGCUUCGUCACCAUGGGCUCUGAAGAAGCGAAGGAAGCGAUUUUCAACGCACAGCAUGCAAUUGGCGGGAAGAAGGUCGAGGUCCGCCCCCUCCACGACGAUGGAAACGUCUCCCUCAAGAGAAAGAUCUUCGUCGGCGGUGUGAACCCCAGUCUGUCAGAGAGCGACGUCGAAAAGUGCUUUUCCAAGUUUGGGACAGUCGACAAGGUGAGCAUCAUCCGCGACGCGGCGACCGGCAAGAGCCGCGGGUUUGGCUUCGUCGUUUUCGCCUCCGAAGAGUCUGCCAAGGAGGUCCUGAAGUCCAAGCGUCACAACUUGAAUGAAAAAGACAGCUGCGAAGUGCGUGCGGCGGAGUCUCGGGCGACGCUCCCGCCGCCUCGUCCCCGGUACCCUCUGGCCCGCGCGCCGGGCCUGCCGCCCCCGGGGCCUCGCUACCCUCCUCCCCAUGCCGUGGCCCACCAGCCACACGUCCCACCGCCCGGCGGAUACUACGCGCCGCCGCGGUCUUCGCCCACGUACUACUACGGACCUCCGCCUCCAGUGGCGCCUGCCAUGACUCCGGGCGUCGCGUACUACUCGUCGUCCAUCCCUCCCUCGACGGGGGGCUACGCCGCCUCGCCCUCGCCGUACUACAUGCCCCCGACAGGUGUGGCAACGCAUGCAGGCGCGGCGACCUCCGUGCUGCACCCGCAGGCCGCGGGCGGCGCAGCUGCGGGCGCGGCCCUCGUCUCUCCCUCGUUGGGCUCUGCGGGCUACUACGCGGGAUCCAGUGUUCCCUACGACGCCGGCGCGACCGCGACGGCGUCCGCGACUGGGGCAACCAACACCGCGGCGCGCGGCUACUGGGACGAGGACAGCAGCGCCGGGGCUGCGAGUGGAGGAAGCGGCUACUACGGUCGCACUGCCAGUCCAGGCACCGCCCCUGCCACCUCCGCUGGAUACAGCAGUGGCUACAGCCCCGUCAGACAAUCGCCGUACUACGGAACUGUGGGGAGAUCGAACGUCCGCCGCAGUCCCUAUUAGAAGGCUUGCGUGUGGACAUUUCUCUUUGGAUGUCGCUCGCCUGUCUCCGAGUCGCCCUCUGCAUGCUGGGAGUGGUCGGAAACUAGAGAGCCAGGCCGCAAGAGAGAGAGGAAACACACGUGAGAGAAAAGGACGGAGAAAGGGAGAAGAGGUGAUGCCGAGGAGGGGAACCUGGGGAUACAGGGCGUGGAAGGACGCGGGGAGGCAACGAGGGGAAUCACGCAACACCCUUUUUGGUUUACCCUGGAGACCAUGUUCUUCUUUUCGAGGGAAGUGCGUUCUGCUUCUCGCUCCUUGAGAAGUGGAAGGAAACAGGGGACUUCUUAGCGCAUAUGCAGGCUCGUGACAGAGACGGCGAGUCGCUUGAAUUCGCAGUGGUGUUAAUGCAUGGAGAAGCGUUGGGAGAGAAUUUUGUGCGGGGAGUACCAGGGACAGGCUAGCUGCGUGUCUGAGUUCCUGAGAAAAUUCGGCGACAAAGAGAGCAGCAGGGCCGAAGGCGACUUCCUCAGAUCGGGUCAUGGAGGGUGUUCUGCAACUCCAUCUCCUCGAGGGCGCUUCCACAGCUCCCCGUUGUUCCCUCACAGACGGCUGUUCAAGAUCGCAAGGAGUAGAUCUACAGUUGACGCCUCAUGCCUAUACGUCGCCUGCAAAAAGAACGGAAAAUAUACCUAUAUAUGCACAUGUAUGUAUGUAUGUAUAUAUAUAUAUAUAUGUACGUCUAUAUAUACGUACACACUGGUGUGUGCAUGUCGGCAAAGACGAGAGUGCCGGUGGCAUGUGCUCAUGCGUUCGCGCUCCCCAUUGUUUCAGCCCUUUCCCCGAGACUGCGUCUUGUGCUCGUUUCCUUUUUUGGUCGUCUUGGGGCCUCUUUCUUGAGAGUUGUGUAAUUUCGCGUCAGUUUCGCAAGGUUGCGUCGGCUCGCAGUGGAGAGUUUGAGCGCGGCUGGGUAUUUCGCCGCAGUUCACUGCCGAUGCAUUUGACGGGAGUCGCGGAAGUUUGUCUUGUCCUAGAACGUGGGAGUAGCGUGCUCGCCUCUGGUCCUGAAGUGUGCUUUGCAUCGUAGGGUCCCUGUGUCUUGGUCCUAUGCGCGCCAUACGGCGGGAGAGUCGAUAUUCGCCUUCUGUCUCUUCUUAUAUAUUUAUAUACAAACAUACGAAUCCGUAUACAUAUAUCUGUACAUGUAUACUUAUACAUAUUGCGCAAACAGAUUCCCUAUACCGCUGUAUUCAUACGGUAUGUAACGUACAUAUAUACAGCAUAUGAGCGUACAGUACAGCGUACCUGUAUAUGCAUAUAUACAUUUCUCUUUCUCUACAAGUACGUAUAUAGAGUUACAUGUAGAACUGCAGAAGAAGAGACGGAAAUCUAGCGUAUAUCCCUUUUCGCGCAUAUGUUUAGGGAACGAGCUGAUAGUUGUAUAGACGAGGGGGACGGAAAGAAUUUGCCUCGGUUACCGUCCGUGGCGUAUCAAACAGCCUUGCCGCUCGCACAGACGGGGACAAGGAAAGCCGAUGGUAGCUUUGCUGCUGUAAAUAGAGCGUACAGAGGUUUCGCCUAACCAUUCCACGAGUGAAGACGCAGUUCUGUUUAAGUUCUUGCAUUUUCUAGCACCUUUUCACAUCUUUGAUGUGCCCCCAACACGGAAGUUCUCGUUGCUGACGCGGAUCGCUUCGGGUUCUCACUCGCUGUUUCCUGUUUUUAUUGAAGGAACACACUCAAUGUUGCACAGGUCAUUUCUGACUGUAUAGGCUGAGACACACCUAGCGUGUAAAUUCGCGUCUGAACAUUUCGUAGGGAUACCUUUUGUGCUCCAAGUUUCUCACACCGGCCCUCGACAACGCUGUUUGGAAAUGGAUGUUUUCCAUUUGGAGAGUAGAGAAUUCAGAGCGCGCGCUGGGAACAGUAUGGCUUGUUGUCUUUAUUUGACAGGGAUUUGAAAGAACUUGUCAAACAAGAGUGACGCCUGUUUCGUGGCGCACUCUCUGAAACGACGAUUUUCCUCUGAAUUCCGUGUUUCUGGGAUUCAGAUAGAGGCGAUCAUACGUAGCAAAGGAGUGUGUCCAAAGACAACGAGCGGCUCAUUUCCCCGCAGUUACUUGGAUGAGUGUUUCCUGCGGUCGUUGCAAGUGAAGUCUACGUCAAAUCGCCUUCCAUGUUUGCUCCGGUUUUCUGUCAUCGACGGAACGAGUGAACCGUUUGUGGAGACGUCAGAUGUACGCUGGCGUUACAAUCUUAGCUCUGUUCUAUAUCAGCGCCAACACAGUUUCCGUGUUUCCACAAGUAACGCAUUACAGUUUUCACUCGUAUCAACAGCGACGGAGAACUAGUACUCACGUGCUAUUGGGAGUUGCCUCUUGCUCGGGGAAAUGGCUGGCAGGCCCUUGGGAUGUUGCAGGCGACUUCCAUUUGACAGUUCCCCGAGGCUGAUCUAAAUCGUUUUGCUCUCCGAGCACAUUAUCGAGUUUGUGUCGCAGUUCUCAAUUCGACGUGGUACUACAGCGCUGCCACGCUCUACAUCGUCUAUGCAAGGCCUGAAAGAAUUCGUGUCGAAUAGCCUGGAACAUAGUAGGCCAAAAGAGAAAACACAUUCUAGAGUGGGCUCCCU